GAGAAGAAAAAAGUGACAAGUGUUAUCGGAAUUGAAUAAUUUCACAAGUAAUAACUCUUAAAAAGAUAACUACCAAAGAGAUUGUUCAAAUUUUUCAGCAAACCAUUUUUUAAAUAAUCCGUGGAGCAACGAUGUCGGAGCAGAAAUCGCGAGGAGGUGCCCUUCAUGGCAUCAGCAGUCAUUGUAAAGUUUGUGGCGAUCGUGCUUCUGGUAAACACUAUGGUGUUCCAUCUUGCGACGGUUGCCGUGGAUUUUUUAAGCGUAGCAUCCGACGCAGAAAUUUGGAGUAUACUUGCAAAGAAGGGGGAAAAUGUGUAGUGGAUGUAUCACGACGCAACCAAUGCCAAGCCUGUCGUUUCGCAAAGUGUCUAUCGGUAAACAUGAGACCUGAAGCGGUACAGCAUGAACGAUCUCCGAGAUCCUGUCUACCCAACUCGCAUUUAGCCGGUGGAUUAGCAGCAGCAGCGGCUCAUCGAGCAUUUUCACCAACGCAACACAUACCAUUCACACAUCAUCAGUAUCACAAUAAUGGAUUAUUGCUACCGAUGCCGUUACACAUGUCAUCGGCGUUUACAACAUUAGAAUCUCAAUUGCCACGACACUAUCCCCAAUUGAGUUCGUUUCAAUCGAAUGUCAUCGACUCGUUGCAUUUUGCCGCAUCGAAUGGUGGGCUAUUCCCGCCGCCUCCACCACCACCGUUAAUUGCGGCAAAUUCAACAUUACCAACAAAAUCUGCUUUGGAAUUGAAUCCGUAUUUGAGUCGUUACAUCUCGCCGCAUUCAUCGAAAAGUGAAUCUGAAUUGAGUCCACGGCGACCGAGCCCAUUUACAUUGCCCUUUCUGUCGUUGCCCACCAAAAUAACAAAAGAUAUAAAUGGAAAGGAGGACGAGGUUAGUAGUUCUGAGGAGAUUUUGACCAUGCAACUGCCGGCGGCCACAUCAUCGGCGGCAGGAACACCAACCAGCCAGGAAAUCGUUUUUGAAUCGGCGGCCAAACUACUAUUUCUAGCUGUGCGUUGGACAAAAUCCAUUCCAUCGUUCAACCAACUCAAUAACAACGACCAAAAUCUUCUGCUCGAAGAGAGUUGGGCUGAAUUAUUCAUCAUAAUGUCAGCACAGUAUGGAUUGCCCAUUGAAAAUUUGGUGAUUCCAUCAAACGAAAUGGCAAUUCAUAAAUUAUACAAAGUCAUUCAUCAGAUUUUGCUGUUGCGACUGAACCACACCGAAGUAUCAUGCUUGAAAACGCUCAUACUAUUUCGACCGGACUGUGUUGGCUUAACGUCUACCUAUGAAAUUGCCAUUCUUCAAGACGAAUCGUUGAAAUUGCUCGCCGAGUCGAGUGGCGGUGCAACUCGCAUGGGCCAUAUUUUAUUAACACUGCCAUACAUACGAGCAGCGGCCGAUCGAAAGGUUAUUCAGGAAUUACUGUUCAAGAAAACGGUCGGCGAAGUGGCUAUAGAGAAACUUUUAGGCGAAUUGAUACGGAAUUAGUUUUUGAUUACAAUGUAUUCCACGCUCACAAUCAUGCAUC